UUCAUUCCAGCCAAACCGAGAGAGGAAUCGGUUCCCAGACUCCAGCGGUUUUGGAGGGUGGCCAGACCGAGCUCAGCAAUUGCAGCUUGGCAUUUUAUUUUCCUUUUUUGUGUGUGUUGUUUCCCAAGAGGGAAUUUCUGCCGGAUGAGCGUCUGUCGCUUCGCGGCUGCCAAAAGGACAUUCUUAUAAUUUGCCCAAAGCUGCCUGGAAGAAGAAGAGCAUUUUCCCCCUCCUAGAACAAUACGAAAACCUAUGUUCGUGCUUUCCGCCUUCCUUCCCAUCAUCACGAUGCCGCACAGCAUACCAUCCAUGAGCUCAGAUUUCCAGCAUUACAGUUUCAGGAUGCCAAACAUUGGAUUCCAGAACCUGCCUCUGAACAUAUACAUUGUGGUCUUUGGCACUGCCAUCUUCGUCUUCAUCCUUAGCUUACUCUUCUGCUGCUACCUGAUCAGGCUGAGACAUCAAGCCCAUAAAGAACUAUACGCUUACAAACAGGUUAUCCUAAAGGAAAAAGUCAAAGAACUCAACUUACAUGAGAUCUGUGCUGUUUGUUUGGAGGAAUUCAAGCCCAAGGAUGAACUGGGAAUCUGUCCAUGCAAGCAUGCCUUCCACAGAAAGUGCCUCAUCAAGUGGUUGGAGGUGCGCAAAGUGUGCCCCUUGUGCAACAUGGCCGUUCUCCAGCUGGCCCAACUCCACAGCAAGCCCGACCACCACGGACUCCCCCCGCAGGAACCCCUCCCCGGGGCAGCAAACAUCGUAUAGCUUCCCAAGCACCGCAGACGUCUCCAACACAACCCAGAACUCAACGGACCUGCGCAGAGCGGCUCCGAUGUCUGGACCCGCUGCCGGUUGCCUCGGACUAUCGAGCAGGGUUCCUUUUGUCUCUUGAAGAGUUUCCCGAGAUGUACUGGAAAGAAGGAAGGAGGGAAGGAAGGACAAUGGCGCCAGUCCCUGCAGCACAACACGAACGCCAAAAGUCUGUGGGUUUGGCUUUGCUUUAGUUCUUUUUUUAAGAAAUGGUUUUGUACAAGCACUUUACAAAGGACGCGAGUAGGGUAUAGGAUCAGGUGCCUGCCUUUCCCUUCAAUGGGAUAGAAGGAGGGAGAGGACAACGCCGAAGGGGAUGAGGAUGAAGACCAGGAAUGGCCCCGGUGGCGCUGAGCAUCGGGGGGCAAGGAGACUCCACGUGCCCCCCUCGGACGACCCAAACAUUUCCACCUCCCUGGCCGUUACCUCAUACCAGAUUGCCUGUGGGCUUCCAGGACAGAACAACAAUAAGGCAAUAUCCUGACGUGGGGGCAGCACAACCAUCUGGGGUUCAACAGGGAAGUCCCACAGGGAAAACGUCAACAGUUGGGCCACAAUCCAGCCCUGAAGGAUCCUGUUAGGCACUUGAGACCCCCUUUUCCUCCACUCCUGCCUCCGAAAACAAUUCUUUUAAGUGCCCCAAGGAGGAGGAGGAGGAGGAAGGGCAACCCCCCCCCCCCCCCCACAUCUCACAAAAUACUGUCAUCUUAUUGUCGAAGGCUUUCAUGGCUGGAAUCACUAGGUUCUUGUGGGUUUUUUCGGGCUAUAGAGCUAUGUUCUAGAGGCAUUUCUCCUGACGUUUCGCCUGCAUCUAUGGCAAGCAUCCU